AGUGAAGUGAAUUUUCACAGGGUUUCUCUCUACUAGUAUCUUCCAAAAAUCUUUGUAUUUUUAUAAUUAUUUAAUUUAUUUAUGGAAAGUUCUUUUCCUUAGUAGACAUUAUGGAUAUUGAUGAACCAAAGGAUGAUGAGGAUGAAUUGGCAGCGCUCAUGGCUGCCAGUACAACGGUCCGUAAGAGAAGACUUGAAGUUGGGCCCACUAUCAACCCAAAGAGGCGCAAGCAAUUGAAAGACCUAGCAGUACUUGUAUCCGCCGAUGAUGCAUGUCAAAAGGAGCGAGAACAAAACUUUGCUGCCAACUAUUUCAAUAAACUGAAAGAACAAUUGGAGCCGGCAGUUUUCGUCAAGGUUUUGGAACUUUUGAGUGACUUUGAUGGGACGUCAGAAGGAGUUAUCAAUCUCUUCCAAGAUAUUUCAUCUUUAUUGCCACCUUCUCUUGCCAAGGAGUUCCUUUGUUUUUUAACUCCGGAUCAAGCCCACCUUUGUGGGAAGUUCAUGGACCAUUUCAUUUUGUCGAAAAUGAUCGAAUUCUUUCGGAAAUUCGAAAUUUGUUUUGCAAAGCAACCUCAGAUGGUGCGAAAAUUCUAUGACGUCCUUUGUCAGCUUGCCUCGUCUGAGGAUGUUUCCUUGCAACAAGUGCGUGAGGCUGUUUUACCAUUACUGAAAACCAAGAAUUUUUUAAUGGAGUACUUUCUUCAACUUUUUCCCUCUGAAAAACCGUCGGACAGCUUUGUUUUAGAUGAUUACGAAGACAUAUACCUUGAUGGUGAAUGUGGAGUUGAAGAAGAGAUUCGGUUGGCAGAAACAGAGGAGUCAGCAAACUGCCCUUGCUCCUGCCAUCCAUCUCAUGCAACGCAUUGCCAGCGAUGCGCAGUGAAAUACAUCAAUGGACGUGUGUAUAUCCAGACUGGCAAAGUGCUCCGCUCAGCAAGAGUUGAAUUCAAUGGAUUCAAUCCAGUUGAUGCCCUCCGCCGCGUUUGCGUAAAUAGUGAAGAACUAACACCAAAAGCGAAGCCCAUUCGACGCAAACCUGAUGUUCACAAUCAGAAAGAUUUAUCCCCUAUCAAACAUGUGUCAUCACCCCACAUGGCAACAACAGAAUCUGAGGAUGAGUCUCUUGAAGUGAGAACCAUCAAUGGAACUAACAAUAAACCAAAAUCUGCAAGAUCACUCAAGAUCAAAUUUAAGUCCAGUGAAAAGCUCUUGGCAAAAGUUAAAAACCCUAGAACUCAGGAAGGAUCUGAAGAAUUGAAGAUAAUGUCUGAUGAAAAUGCUAUCACUGACUUGCCUGACUGUUUUCUAGCUAGGAGGUUGUCACCCAGCGAGAGUUCCGAGCUGAGCAAUCUCAAUUUCAAUAACAUACUUUCUGACAAUCAAAAUGAGUACAGCAAGCACACAGAUUCCGAGAGUGUGUUUAAUUUUUCUGUCCAUAGUCCACUGAGGAGAGCAUCAAUUUGCCUUGAAGGUUUUGACUCCACGAGUGAAAGUGCACAGAGCCCUAUCAAAAUGGAUCAAAGAUUGUGCAUACCCCUGAAAAGAAUAGAUGACGAUGACUCGCUGAUGACAAUACACAACAAAGACAACCAUAACAUUUCAGUAGAGACGAUGAAUACGUCUUCUGACAGAUCUGGCUCUGAAAUUUUCAAACCUGACACGCCCAUGAAAUCUGAUGUCUCAGGAACUGUUGAUACAAUUUUAACUUCAUCGGACGUUGAUGAAAUGAAUGUGUUUAUAAGCUCAUCUAACAUAGAUAAAAUCAAUGUUUUUGGAGUGAGCCAUUUUGAAGCAGCAAAAAGUUCUCAAAAAUGUGCCGAUAAGUACUCUGAACCUACUAUGGAUUCUAUGAGCAUCGAUUCGUUUUUGAAUAUUUCUAACCUGGAUGCCAAAAUUGAUUCAUUUCUGACUAAUGCUGAAGGGGCAAACAAUUUAGAUGCUCUUUUAAAUGAUUCUUCACCUGAAAGUUCAAAUAUGGAGAAGAAUACAGACACUAAAGAGUCAACAAGUUUGCAUCAAUCAGAAAUAGACAAAAAUUAUGUUGCUGAUAUCAAAUCAUCAAUGAACCUAAGUCCAGUUCCGAAAGUUGUCCGUAAUAUGGACUCCAUACUAGACUUAAUAGAUCAGAAUGUGUCUGAAAGCAGAAAUCCCUCCAUUUUAAAUGGUUCUAGUGAAAAAGUAAGAGACUUCCAGCUGCCAAAAGGAGAGGUGCCUGAAAAGGUUGAGAUGAGUCCUAAAAAGGAAGAAAUUCUGGACGAAGAUCAGAAAUCCAGCGUUCUCUCUACAACUUCUGAUGCUCAGAAUUUUAAACCAGUAAAGGUCCGUAGUAUGGACUCAAUCCUAGAAUUUGUUGAACAAAAUGUUCCUGCACAUAGCAAUAUCUCAAAUUUAAAUAUUUUCAAAAAUGAAGAUGAAACACCUCAUUUUGAAAAUGUAGAUUCUCAACAGCUUGACAAAGAAGCACCUCAAACUAAUCUUGAAGUUCGGUCAGUCAGCCCAUUGAAGGACAAUAAAUCGGUGAAGGAAGAAGUAAAAGUUGAGGUUUUAGACAUAACUUUUGAACCUAAAUCUCCUCUGAAAAUUUGUGACGCUCUACAGUCGAAGUUAAUUUCAGAUGUGAAGGAGGAAGCACCCGAUACUAAAAUCAUUUCAAACAUCAAGGAAAGCCAGUCUCUUCAAAAAUGUAGCAUCAAUGAAGCGACUCCAGUAGAUAUAGAUCAGGGUCUACUUAGCCCUAAAAGUGAAAAUGGCUCAGUUCAAGAGGAGGCUGAAGAAGUAAGCCCGACAUUUGCAGCUCUCUCUGCCGCUAAGGAAUGUAGCAUCUUAGAGCCUAAAAAGGAACAAGUUGACAGCCAAGAUUCUGCGCCAAUAUUAGACAAUAGUAGGGUAGAAAGCGAGACUCAAGCAGAUGCAAAUCAGGCUCUUCUCAGUCCCAAGACAGAAGUAAAAGAAGAAAUGCAGGAAGAACUGCAGGAAGCAAGUCAGAUGACUUCAGCCGAUGUCUUCGGUAGUUUCAAGCCGAAGGUGGAAGUUGUUGACAGUGAAAGUAACGGAGUAGAUUUCAGUGCAACAGAAUCCUUAGAUACAGCUAAGGUAAGGUGUCAGUUACUUGAAACGCCUUUAAUAGUGAAUCAGUCAGAGGCUGUUCAAAGCGUAUCAUUUAUUUACGGAGAGGGGGGAGACGAAAAUUUGAAAGUAACGCUUUUCUCUGCUGAUCCAGUAGAAGAGAAAGCUAUUGAUACCGAUAUUCUAUCAAUUUCUACUGAUUCAGCAACUGGAGAAACUUUUAGCAGACAAAUUUUGCCUCACAAUGGUGCAAGUGUUAAGAUUAUCAACAAGUCGUUACCCACUACUAUAGUUGAGAAGUUGUCAGAGGACAAUAAUGCUGCAAUUUUAGGCCGAAGUGAAGUUAUCAAUGAGCCAACUUCAGUAAAUUUCAGCCAAAAGGAGGAAAACAUCAUUUCCAGUUCUUCAGAGGUUGAAAAAGUACCGAGAAACAAUUUUUCUUCACUUCGUGAUCUGUUAAUCAAGGACCAGUUUAAUCAGGAAAUCUCAAGUUUCGUCUGCAAAAGAACGGAAAAAUUACCUACUGCAAGCAGUUUUCCUUCAAGCUUUACAAGUAAUAUUGAUAAAAUUGAAGAUCCCUCUACUACCCAUUUAACAAUAGUAUCAAAUAAAGAAAGAUCAUUGCCUCAUGUUGCAAGGGGUUCCUCAAAAGAUUGCCAAAAAAGAUCACACCUGAAACUUUCUGACUCAACACCAGUCAGAUCCUCUGUCGAUAUUCAAAAUAGUGCUGAAGCAUUACCUGUGGAACUUGCUGAAUCUCAGAAAAAUGGAAGAGGAAUAGUAAUAUCCACGUCAGGCUCGGCUGUUAAACUCACGGAAGGCCACGGGAACGAUUCCUUAACAGAUUCCUCUCAAGAGCUUCCAGAGGUGCAGAAGUGCGAUGAACUUGUCUCCCCAGAUUGCAGUAAGAAGCAAGAAACGAAUGCUGAGAAUAUUGAGAAAUUGAUGUCCAGUGAACAUCAAAGUCAACUUGUAGAUAAUCACCUUAAGAAGGAAGAUUCUGUGAACCUCAGUGAUUAUGUAGGGAGUAAAGCAAAGGACCAAGGAAACGACUGGACAAUGGAAGAAGACAAGAUAAUCUUGCAGACAUUCCAAAAAGAUCCAGAUAUGCAAGAUAUUUUCUCUAAGAUACAGACUCAACUGCCGGAGAGAUCUCUGCAAGAGGUUCAAAGUCGGUUCUAUGUUCUGAUAGAGUUGUUGGAAAAAAUGUCGCACAGCUCUGAAGAUGCUAGCAAGAAAGAAUAAACCAAGCCAGCGAACCAUACUUUAUUUUUCAGUACAAUCUUAAGAAAUCCACCUAGCACAUGAUAUAUACGUGCAACUAGCCAUAGGAAGGUAAAAAUUGAGUUUUCAUUGAUCAAAGCCCUCAACGAGUUUUAGCACAUAAUUUAUUGUUAAUUUCCAAUUGUUUUUACAGUUGACUCCCUGUGAUAUAUUUAUAAGUUCUAAAUUAUAUUUUUCCUAAUAAAAUGAUUAGGUAUAAA